CCCGACGGUCGGCACACAAGCUAAACACACAUUAAAACUGAUUAAACUUCGGAGAAUGACCACCUGCUGCUAAUUUACUUUUAGUAUAGAACUUUUUACAAUGGCCAACAAAAUCGAGUCACUAGAGUCGGGCCGCGGCAUCCAAGUGGUGUCCCCGGGCCCCGAGCACUCCUUCGAGCUGGAGCUAGAUGCCCUCUCUGCCUUACUGCUGCGUGAGGACCUCAAGGACCGGCCCGUGGUCGUGGUCUCCGUGGCCGGCGCCUUCAGGAAGGGGAAGAGCUUCCUGCUUGACUUCUUCCUUAGAUAUCUACAUCACAAGUACAACCUCGGGGACAGCGGCGAUUGGAUGGGCGCGGAAGACGCGCCGCUGCAGGGCUUCAGCUGGCGCGGGGGCUCCGAGCGAGACACCACCGGCCUGCUGCUCUGGUCUCAGCCUUUCAAGGCCACUCUCAGCAAUGGAGACAAGGUGGUGAUCUUACUUAUGGAUACGCAAGGCACAUUCGACAGCGAAUCGACAGUGCGUGACAAUGCCACAAUCUUCGCGCUGUCCACCAUGCUGUCUUCUGUGCAGAUCUACAACCUGUCACAAAACAUCGAGGAAGACGAUCUGCAGCACUUGCAGCUGUUUACGGAGUAUGGGCGUUUAGCAGCACAGAGCAGCGUGGGCAAGCCCUUUCAGCGGCUGCAACUUCUAGUUCGGGACUGGAGCUUCCCAUACGAUCACCCGUAUGGCGCUGCCGGCGGCAAACAACUGCUUGAUAAGCGGCUUGAGGUGCAUGAAGGCCAACACGAGGAGCUCCAAGCGUUGCGGCGACACGUGGCGUCUUGCUUUGAUCAGCUGGCCUGCUUCCUCAUGCCGCACCCCGGCCUCACCGUCGCCACCAACCCUCACUUCAACGGGAAACUUGCUGACAUCAGCCCCGAGUUUAAAGAGUCCCUCCGUCAGCUGGUGCCGUCACUGCUGUCGCCCGACCGUUUACUUCCGAAGACCAUCCAAGGACAGCCGGUGCGGGCGCGCGACCUGCUGCUCUACUUCAAGGCUUAUAUCAAUGUGUUCAACGGCACCGAGCUACCUGAGCCUAAGUCUAUACUCGAGGCAACCGCCGAAGCGAACAACCUCUCCGCCGUGGCCGAAGCCCGCGAGGUGUACGACACGGUGAUGGAGGACGUGUGCGGCGGCGCGCAGCCCUGCCUGCCCGCGCGGCGGCUCGACGACGAGCACCGGCGCGCGCGCGACAAGGCGCUGCACGCCUUCCACGCCAAGCGGAAGAUGGGCGGGGACGAGUUAGCUAGCACUUACGAAGCACAACUCAUCAAGGAACUGGAAGAGCAAUACCAACAACUAAAGGCCCACAACGAGGGCAAGAACAUCUUCAAGCUAGCGGGCACGCCGGCGGUGUUCGCGACGCUGGCCAUCCUCGGGUACCUGCUGAGCGUGCUCGGCGCGGCCGUGGGCGUGCAGACCGUGGUGGCGGUGGGGCAGGCUGUGGCGAUGGCGUCGCUGGUGCUGCUGGCCGUGUGGGCAUACAGCAGAGUGACGGGCAACAUGCGCGACGUGGGCGUACAGAUCGACGAAAUAGCAGACACCUUGCGAGAAUGCGCUAUGCGGCAAGCAUGGGACUCCGUGGGGACCCGGGCGGCGGCCGCGGCGGCCGGCUUCGACGACAAGAGGCGCUAGUCAACUUGCAUAAUCUCUUGUUAAAGCGGCAGCCGUGAAAGAGUAUGUCGGAGAAGCCUGGGUGCUCAAAAAUAUCAGAACACGCAAUACAAGCGUGCUCAGAUAUCUGAGAGCGCCUCGACCGCUCCGAUAUAUCUAAUGGCCACCGUAUGGAACUUCAGCCUUGACGAACAGAAGCGGAACUGGUCACGGAGUGGUGUUAUGGUGCUAUAAUUAUUGUUUGAUGAUAUUGACCAAUGUUUAGUAAACGUUUAAGCGUUUCACUUAAUGUGUGUUCGAGUAUUUAUAUCUUUGAAAUCCGUGUCCUAAAAACUGUAUAAAACUUAAAAAUAUUAUCAAAUGUGAAGUAAAGAAUGGAUGGAUUCGACGUCUUGCAUUUUUCAAA